GAUAAUGCGAUAGCAUUGUCGAUAACCAAUCGUCAGUAGUUUGCUCCAAAAUAUUUAAGAGCACCUUGUGCAAGGAAGAAAUAAAUUUGAAUCGCAUAUGUAGUUUUUGUUCAGCAUGAUGGAGUAUUCGGUGGUCAGUGUCACCGCAGCUAAUUUCCUAGCCUUCGUGUGUUUCACGGCCCUUUCGUGGACGUCACCCGAAUUACCAAAACUAGUCAAUUCAACGGAUAGCCCAUUCUACCAUGAUCUGUCCAACGACGAGCAAUCCUGGAUCGGCGCUUUCAUGCCCCUAGGUACUAUCCUCGGCCCCAUCACGUUUGGCUACUUGUCCGAUCAUUUCGGUCGCAAGACGACCCUGCUUUUGAUAUCGGUCCCCAUGCAGGGAUGCUAUCUACUGCAGGCAUUCGCCAAGAAGCUCUACUUGUUUUACAUCUCCAGAUUUGCAAUGGGUGUGGCCGUGGGUGGGUUACUCACCGUCCUGCCGAUGUACAUCGCGGAACUGUCUCUGGACGAACACAGGGGAGUGCUCUCGGUCAGCAUGGGCGUGUUCUUCUGCUUAGGAGAACUGCUCUGCUACGUGGCUGGUCCUUACAUGAGUAUAGUAGCGUUUAACUGCUUGUUGGCAGCGAUUGCCGCCACCAUCUUCGUCGUGUUCUUGAUCGUCGGGUCAGAGACACCACAUUACCAUAUCUUCAAGAACCAGCACGACCGUGCGAAAGCAGUACUGCUGAAGAUACGCGCGACCGGCGAAGAAGCGAUUGAGAAGGAGCUCGAGCAUAUCAAGCACGUGAUAGAGAACGAAGAGAGCACAAGUCUUAUGGACAUAUUCAAUUCCAAAGGGCUGAGGAAGGCGGAAAUCAUAUCUUUCUUCUUGCUCAUCUUCCAGCAAAUAUCCGGUAUAUUCGCGGUGCUGUCUUACUCCCAGCAAAUCUUCCAAGACGCAGGCAGCUCGUUGUCGGGCGAAUACUGCGCCAUAAUUGUCGGCGUGGUCCAGUUGAUAUCUUCUCUACUGACGACUUCGAUUGCGAACAUUUUUGGUCGAAGGACGCUGCUCCUAUUCUCCGGUUUCGGCAUGGCGCUUUCCGAAGCUAUCCUCGGGACCUACUCGUACCUCGACAAGAACGGUACCGACGUCACUUCGUUGUCGUUUGUGCCGAUCGUGUCGCUAAUAGCGUAUAUCGUGACGUACAAUUUCGGUUUCGGGCCUAUAGUGUGGACGGUGGUCAGUGAGAUGUUCCCGAACAACAUCAGAGCAUUGGCCACAGCUUUCAAUACGAGCCUGUGUUGUGUGGUCACCUUUUUCAUAAGCAAAUACUUCCCGACGGUGUCGGACAGUUUCGGUAUAGGAGUGUGUUUCCUAGCCUUUUCAGCUACUUGUUUCGCAGGAGGAUUGUUUUCGUACUUCUUCGUUCUGGAGACUAAAGGGAAGUCGCUGAAGCAGAUCCAAGACGAGCUAAAUGGCUAAAAGUAUUUCGCGCAAAUUCGGUGAUUAUUUAUUCGCAGUAGUUUAUCAAUGCUACGAUAUUGUAAUGUUGUGUAAUGUUGUUUAAAUGACUGUUAAGUAUUUGAUAAGAUUGGAUCUCUAUUUAGUAUCGGUUAUUGCCAAUUAAUUUCUGUUAAAAAAUCGCAGCUUUAAUUAAGUUAAACUAGAUCAAAUUUAUCUCCGGUUCCCUAGUUCCAUUUUUCCGAUAGUAUCUGAUUUU